UCCAAUCUGCCAUUUUCUGUUUCCCGAAUUGCUCCCUGGCGCCCCAAAUUCCCUGGUUUCCUCACAGGCUUUAUCCCCGCGCGGCGUUCCACCACCUCAGGGGAACGAUGGCCACAGAGUCCACAGCCACUGCUGCUAUCGCCGCGGAGCUGGUUUCCGCAGACAAUGUGGAUGUGGAUUGCGAAGCUAAGAAAUUAUUGGGAUUAGGACAAAAACACCUAGUGAUGGGGGAUAUUCCAGCAGCUGUCAAUGCAUUCCAGGAAGCAGCUAGUCUUCUAGGUAAGAAGUAUGGAGAAACAGCUAAUGAGUGUGGAGAAGCUUUCUUUUUCUAUGGGAAAUCACUUUUGGAGUUGGCCAGGUUGGAAAACGGUGUGCUGGGAAAUGCCUUAGAAGGUGUGCAUGUAGAAGAGGAAGAAGGAGAAAAAACAGAGGAUGAAUCUCUGGUGGAAAAUAAUGAUAACGUAGAUGAGGAAGCAAGGGACGAGUUGAGAGAACAGGUUUAUGACGCCAUGGGAGAAAAGGAAGAAGCCAAAAAAACAGAAGGCAAUUCUCUGUCAAAGCCUGAAAUUGAUACAGAACAGGAGAGUGAAGUGCAGAAGGGUGGAAGAGAAGAUAUGGAUGUAAGUGAGCCUACAGAGAAGCUACAGGAAAAAGUUGAAUCGACUUCGAAUGAUUUAACUGAAAACUCUGAUGAGGCAAAAGGAGCGACAGCACCAGAAGGACGGAAUGAAGCUGAGGUCACUUUUGGGAAGCCAGAACAGGAAAUGCCAGAUGCUGAGGAAGGAAAAUCAGUUUCUGGAACUGAUGCCCAAAAUGAAGAGUACAGAGAAAAAGGAGGUCAGGAGAAGCAGGGAGAGGUAAUUGUUAGCAUAGAGGAAAAGCCAAAAGAAUCUUCAGAAGAGCAGCCUAUUGGGACUCUAGAAAAGCAAAGCACUGCAGUGGAGGUGGAAGCACAGCCUGUAGACCCAACAGUCAAGCCAGUUGAUAUGGGUGGGGAUGAAGCAGAGGAACAGGUAGCUGCCUCUAAAAAUGAACCAGGAAAGGCUGGUUUUGAGGAAGAGGGAGGGCAAGAAAUACCUUCUGUUGAAGAGUCACCCGUGGUGACAAAGGCUGCAGAGGCCGGAUCAGAAGUCUCUGAGAAGCCAGGGCAGGAGACCACAGCUUGCUCUCAGGAUGGUACAGUCAAUGGACUGUCAGCUUCAGUUGAGACUCCUAUUGAACCACAGACUUGUGCAGAAAGGCUGACAGGCACAAAAGAUGGCUCAGGUCUACAGGAAGUCAGGGGAGAACUUGCUCUAAGCCAGGAGGAAACUAAGCUGCCUGUAGAAGAGUCAGAGGCAGCUGGAGAUGGGGUUGAGACCAAGGUAGCCCAGAGGGCUGCUGAGACAGCAUCUGAAGACAAAAUUAAGAUAGCUGCUAAUGAAGAGGCAGAAGAGAGCGAAGAACAGAUGAAAGAGGGUGAAGAAACUGAAGGUUCAGAAGAGGAGGAUAAAGAAAACGACAAGUCUGAAGAAAUACCAAAUGAAUCUGUUGUUGAAAACAAAUCUCUUCAAGAAAAUGAAGAGGAAGAGAUUGGUAACCUAGAGCUUGCCUGGGAUAUGCUGGACUUAGCAAAGAUCAUUUUUAAAAGACAAGAAACAAAAGAAGCCCAACUUUAUGCUGCACAGGCACACCUUAAACUUGGAGAAGUUAGUGUUGAAUCUGAGAAUUAUACUCAAGCUGUGGAGGAGUUCCAAGCUUGCCUAAACCUGCAAGAACAGUAUCUGGAGGCCCACGACCGUCUCCUCGCAGAGACUCAUUACCAGCUGGGCUUGGCCUAUGGAUACAACUCUCAAUAUGAUGAGGCAGUGGCACAGUUCAGUAAAUCUAUUGAAGUUAUUGAGAAGAGAAUGGCUGUCCUAAAUGAGCAGAUGAAGGAGGCUGAAGGAUCACUCACUGAAUAUGAGAAAGAAAUUGAGGAGCUGAAGGAACUACUACCUGAAAUUAGAGAGAAGAUAGAAGAUGCAAAGGAAUCACAGCGUAGCGGGAAUGUAGCCGAAUUGGCUCUGAAAGCUACUCUGGUAGAAAGCUCUACUUCAGGUUUCACUUCCAGUGGAGGAAGUUCUUCGGUCUCUACGAUUGCCAGUAGAAAACCAGCUGAUGGUGCUUCCUCAUCAAAUUGUGUGACUGAUAUUUCCCACCUUGUCAGAAAGAAGAGAAAACCAGAGGAAGAGAGCCCCCGGAAAGAUGAUGCAAAGAAACCCAAACAAGAGCCGGAGGUGAAUGGAGGCAGUGGGGAUGCUAUCCCCAGUGGAAAUGAAGUUUCUGAAAGCAUGGAGGAGGAGCCUGAAAGCCGGUCAGCCGUGGAGGGGACAGUGGAUACUGGAGCCACAGUUGAAAGCACUGCAAGUUAAGAAAGGGAGCAGAGGUUCCCUCCUGAGGGAAAGUGUUUUUGUAUAUAAUGUAUUUUUUCACUUUUGGGGAUUCUUUUUGUAUAACUUCAAUAAAGAUUGUAAGCAAA